UCAGCUGAUUUUGACACAAUUGAAACGUCAAUCUUUGUUGUGUUGUCAUUAUAAAUGCAAAUGUCAGGAAAAUUAUUUAUCAUUUUCUUUAAUUUUAUUUUAUUAUUUUGUAAAGCUGAAUAUAAAACUUUAAGAAAUGUUUUAUUUAUUGUUGUCGAUGAUUUGAGACCAGCUUUAGGUGUUUAUGGUGAUCCAAAUGCGUACACACCGAAUAUCGAUAGACUUGCCAGUAAUUCUAUAUUAUUUACGCACGCUUAUGCACAGCAAGCAUUAUGUGGUCCAAGUCGAAAUUCAUUUUUAACAAGCAGACGACCUGAUACCCUCCACUUAUAUGACUUUGAUGGUUAUUGGAGAGAAAAUGUAGGAAAUUUUACAACACUUCCACAAUACUUUAAAGAACAUGGUUAUAUUACGUAUUCAGUGGGUAAAAUAUUUCAUAAUGGAAGUUGUUCAAAUUGGACCGACGAUUAUCCAUAUAGCUGGUCACAAAAACCAUUUCAUCCAUCGUCACAACAAUAUAUGAAUGCUCCCGUAUGUCCUGAUAAAUUUGGACAUCGAAAAAAUUUAGUGUGUCCAGUUCAUGUAGAAUUUCAACCAGAACAAACAUUACCCGAUUUACAAUCUUUAGAAGAGGCUAAACAAUUUCUAAGGCAGCAGAAAAAUAGUAUUAAUCCAUACUUUUUAGGAGUUGGGUUUCAUAAACCUCACGAACCUUUAAAGUUUCCUAAGAAUUAUCUAGAUUUUCACCCCAUUGAAAAUAUUACUAUUGACUACAAUACAAAUAAACCAUAUGGUUUACCUACUGUCGCUUGGAAUCCAUGGUCCGAUAUUAGGCGACGAGAUGAUAUUGCAGAUUUAAACAUCGAAUUCCCUUAUGGAAAAGUGCCAAUGGAUUGGACUAAAAAAAUAGUACAAAGUUAUAAUGCUGCUGUAACUUAUAUCGACCACUUAAUAGGUGAACUUUUAGACGAAGUUGAUGACAAUACAAUUGUUGCCUUUAUAGGGGAUCAUGGUUGGUCCUUAGGUGAACAUGGUGAAUGGUCUAAAUUUAGUAAUUUCGAUGUAGCAACAAGAGUUCCUUUUAUUUUAAGAGUACCUAAAAGAAAACCACGAGUAAUAAAAACUCCUGUAGAAUUAGUUGAUGUAUUCCCAACUCUAGUUGAUUUGGCGAAAUUAUCACCAACGAUCCCAAAAUGUGAUACAGAAUCCCCAGAAAAUUUGUGUACAGAAGGUGAAAGUUUAGUAAAAUUAAUAUCAAACGAAGAAUUCAUUUCUACAAAAUUUGCAUUUAGUCAGUAUCCAAGACCUACAGAGGAUCCGUCAUUCAAACCAAGUAGUGAUAAACCAAAUUUGAAAGAUAUAAAAUUUAUGGGUUACACCAUGGUGAAUCACGAUUAUCGUUAUACCGAAUGGGUGGAAUUUAAUAAUACUAGCUUUCUACCAAAUUGGGAUCAUUUAGUCGGUGUUGAAUUAUACAACCAUGAAUUUGAUUCAACGGAAAAUAUAAACCUAGCUAAUAAACCUGAAAUGGAGAAUGUUCGUAAACAAUUAAGUGAAAUUCUACGAAAUCAAAAUGAUCGUACCAAAUAAAUUCUUUGCUAAGUCGAGAUAGAAAAAAUUCUGUCCAAAUAAUCAUAAGAAAUACAAACUUUAAUAAAUGUGUACAUGUAUUCCGGCACAUAUUUUUUGAUGGUAGGUUCUACCAUUCAGUAAACUUGUAAGAUGAUUUACCCACGUAAUUUACUCACAAAUUUGCCUCUAACUUUAAUCAGCAUUACAAUAUUUCAGCCGCCAGGCAGAAGCAAGAAAGUGAUUUCUAUGAUUAUUUUAACAGAAUUUAUUCCUACUGCAUAUGGUGGUGGUAAAAGCUAUAUAAAUAUGAAAAGUCUAUAGAAAACAAUUAUAAAUAAAAAGACUAAUAUAAUUUAUUUUUUAAGUACAAAGAUUAGUUAGAAUACAGCUCAAAAUAUCACUUAUAAAAUUUGAAAUACUCAGCGUUACAAUGAUUUAAUAUAGAUAAUAGAAAUAAGUUUUAUUUGGUAUCUAGCGAGUAACUAAAUACGGUCCGAUUUUAACAUAUAGAGAUGGUGGGGUGUAUUUGGUGGUUGAAAAAUAAAUAUUACUUAACGCGUGUUUUAAUCACAGUCAUAUAUACAGUGUGCCCCGGAUAGAGGUAACAAU